GCAAAUGCAGACGCCUGACGCUCCUACGUUUCUGAACAUCAACUCUUUUGUGACUCCACUCGCAUUGUCAAUUCUAUGUGCAUUUAUACAUAGGUAAUAGUAUACCAGUGGAUUACCUCGACAAGCGUAUUUCCUGGAAAAGAAGUGAAUUAGUGAACGAAUCCAUCAGUCUCGUACACAUGCCAGUGCUUCAACUCCAUCUCCUAAAGAGUAAACCCUAAACCGUGCAAAUUGAAGUGAACAGUUGAGUCAAACGGAGCACAAUUUUUUUUGCGUAGAAAAGAAUUGAAUAACCUUACUAAUACGAGUCUGUGCGCCGUCUGCCAUAGUGACAAACUCAUUUCCUUUUCCUUUUAAAAAAAUCAGUGGAGAAAUAAUUAUUACUUGGAUCCAUGGUAGCUCUCGUUGCACAAUGACUCUCUGGUACUGAAUUAGCUUCGUUCAACGGAAUUUCAAGAUUCCAAUGAAGGGAGACAAUUGAUGGGAAUUGGCGAAAAGUAGCGUGAGGGUGUUUAAUACAAGUGUAUGUGUUGAUAAACAUAAUUUGUAGUGGUGAAAAGGAAGAGAAAUCACAGUUUCACAAAGAAAAAUGACAAACGAAAUAAAACAGCCAGUUAGCAAUCUCGAAACGGAAUAUCUGGAGAUUAAUUCAAAGAAUGCAUGGCCGAUAUUUUAUCAGCAAAUUCGGGACGAAUGUUUUAAAUUUAAUUAUACGUGCAAUGAAUCGAGAAAACCGAGGAAUAAAAAUCUCAAUCGUUACAGAGAUGUAGCGCCUUAUGAUCACACCAGAAUUAUUCUCCAAAGAGGAUCUUGUGAUUACAUCAAUGCUAGUUUCAUCAUGGUAGAUCGUGCACACAGACAUUACAUACUGACUCAGGGACCUCUGCAAAGUACCUCUGGACACUUUUGGCUGAUGGUGUGGGAGCAAAACUCCAAAGCUAUCAUCAUGCUUAACAAAGUCAUUGAGAAGGGUCAAGCUAAAUGUGAUCAGUACUGGCCACUGGAGACUUCGGAGGAUCCGUCAAUGACGUUCUUUAAUGUUAACCUCAAAGUUGAAUUUGUCAGUAGAACACAGGCACACGACUACACUACGCGAGUUUUGAGAUUAACUGAUUUAGAUUCGCAAGAAUCUAGGGAAAUUCUUCAUUUUCAUUAUACGACGUGGCCGGAUUUUGGAGUUCCACAGAGUCCAACCGCGUUUCUGCAGUUUCUGAAUGAUGUGAGGAGGUCUGGAGCCCUUGACUGGGGUGUGGGAUCACCGAUUGUACAUUGCUCUGCUGGAAUUGGAAGAUCUGGGACGUUUUGUCUUGUUGAUACUUGUUUGAUGUUGAUUGAAAAGAAUGGACUGAACUCUGUCAAUGUCCGUGAUGUUCUCGUGGAGAUGAGGCGUUCGAGAGUGGGAUUGAUUCAGACCCCAGAUCAAUUGAGAUUCUCGUAUGCUGCUAUCAUUGAGGGAUCCAGAGGGCUGCCAUCUAACAACGUGAAUGGUGCAACGAUCGAGAAUCACUACGACAUUGUGAACAACAUUCACAACCUAGUGAAUCAGAAUAAUGUGGAGGUGGAGGAGGAGGAAGAGGAGGAGGAUGACGAUGAACCACCGCCCCUGCCACCACCUCGAGGAGAGUCUCUCACCAGGAGCGUCAUGUCGGAUCAACUGAGCAAUGAGUCGACUCCUGAAAAUGAAAUUGAGCCUCGCCCUCCGAAUAAACCUCUACCCAUGGAGCCAACACCGAAAAUAUCGAAUUCACACAACAAUGAAGAUCAUACACCUAACAGCUCUCAUCCGAACAACGAAUUACGUCAUCGUAAUCAAGAGAAAAGGGAACGAUUGGCUACGCAGGUGCGGGAUAUGAAACGACGACAGAAAGAGACGGAAGACUGGCAGAAUUUCAAGAGGUCAUUAUUCAACCCAGUUACAAUAGGAAUAGGAAAUCAACCCGAUAUUUUUUGCAAUUGGUUCAAGAGUAAAGGACAACAUUGGAGAAAAACAAAAACAAGACUUCGUAAAAUGAAGAGAGAGAUGUGUAUUUUUUUAAAUUUUUAUAUAUCAAUAACGCAAUCCGUAUGGCAGAAAACCGAAAUUUGUACCCUGAAAACACAUUGACUGAAAUAAUGGUGGUAAGUUUUUUCAGCAUAUAUACCACGUCUUUCAUACUUCUCUUCAUAGUAAUUGUUCUUGUUUAAAAUUUUGAGAAUAAUCAAUGAAGUUUAUUCCCAAAAAUUAUUAGAAUUUGCAUGGGCCACCAAAAUCUCUUCAGGGUAUUAAAUACUAAACAUUAUAGAAGGAGAGAAAAAUAAGAAAUGAAUGAAUUUAGAAAUCUAGUAAUCAUCCUAUUAAUCCAGUAGAUGAAACAAUACAUAAACUAUGUAAAUCUAGUUUUCAAUUAAUCGAGGUAAAUCCACGUAAAUGUUUUGUCCCUCCCUAAAGAAUGGAGAUGAAUGAGUAAUCGUCUAAUUAAUAAUGUGAAUGUAUGGAGGGUUUUCUUUUUUUUUAGAAAAAGAUGAAUUAUCUGUGGUAAAAAAAAACGAACCCAAUGAAAUAUCUUGGUAUAUUCAUUUCGUGCUAUUCCUGACGUCCUAAUUUAAUGAUCUAAAGAACGAGAUUGAAACCGGAGUAACAUUCCACCAGACACUAUAAAUCCCAUACAAAUGGACGUUAAUUCAUGAAAAUCUCCCAGGAGUGUGAAUCACUUUGCCCAGACGUCUUACAUGUACAGAAACAUUUUAUUUACCUGACAAAAAGGCAAAAGAACCAAUACAAGUCAUCUGCUGUUGCAUUCUUAGUGUACUUCACCUGAUGAAUCUAGACACGGUGCUAAUAACAAUUAAACAUAAACAGGACAAGUGAAUGGAAAAAAAAGAAGUUUAACAAGUGUAUAAUAAGUGCGAAAGAAUUCAAUAAGUAUGAGUCAACGGACGCGUAUCUAGAUUUAAACCGGACAGAAAUGAUGAAUCCUAAUUUUAUUACAAAUCGAACCAGAAUAAGAAUCAACUAGAACCCAAUAAAAAGAGAAUAAUUUACCCUCA